AUGAAAAAUGCAAACUUAUCAAAUACGGCAUCCUCAGACAACAAAAAUAUUUCAAAUUUUAAUUCUAACGACCUGUCACAAGUAGAAACAGCUGUUGCACGUCCACAACCUGCACGUUUCAUGUCGUCUAGUUCCCUUGAUGAAGAUGCCAUUAUCACACCAGUCGAAUCUGCUUCUUCAUUUGAUUACAAAUCAAUUGAAUCUACUCCAUCUGUAUCAUCGCUAACUUUUGAUAAGAAGGACAAAACAUUGGCGGUAUAUACUUCUACUAAUGCUCUUGUCGGUGAAAAGACCCACGAACAUUCUGAUUCAGAUGAAUCAACUUUAAACGAUGAAAAAGCAUACACCGAAGAUGAUGAUGACUUCCCAGAAGGUGGCCGUACUGCGUGGAUGGUCGUGUUCAGUUCAUUUUGUGGGUUUGUACCAUGCUUCGGUCUAAUGAAUAUCGGUGGUGUUAUCGAAAAUUACAUUCAAGACCAUCAACUAAAAGAGGAAUCAUCAUCCACAAUCGGUUGGAUAUUCUCUUUAAUGUUCUUCAUUUGCUUUUCAUCAUGUAUCUUCAGCGGUACUUAUUUUGAUAGAAAUGGGUUCAAAGCCCCAAUCGUUGUAGGAUCUUUACUUCACGUUGCCGGUAUAUUCUCAUUGGCUAACUGUACCAAAUAUUGGCAUUUUAUCAUCGCCUUCUCUAUUUUAUGUGGCCUGGCUAAUGGUAUCCUAAUGUCUCCUCUAAUGGGUGCACCUGCCCAUUUCUUCAAGAGAAAGCGUGGUACUGCUACUGCCUUGGCAACCGUCGGUGGUUCUGUUGGUGGUGGUCUAUUCCCAUUAAUGCUACGUAAGUUCUUCUCUAUGGAGAAAAUGGGUGUCAGUGACUAUGGUUAUAUGUGGGGGAUCAGAACCCUUGGUUUCAUCGACUUAAUUUUACUUUGUGUUUCUGUUACCUUAGGUAGAGAAAGACUACCUCAUGUGGUAGACGCUCCAAGAAACAAUGAAUCUCGUUACAAACAUAUCUUAAGAGUGUAUUUGUUACAAAGUCUAGAUGUUAAGGCAUUCCUUGACAUGAAAUAUUUCUUUUGUGUUUUGGGAACUGUCCUAGGUGAACUUUCUUUGACUUCCGCUAUUACUUAUUACAGUUCAUACGCAACGAGUCAAGGUAUCAGUCAAUCUGACUCGUACAUGUUGAUCAUGACAAUCAAUUUGGUGGGGAUCCCAGGGAGAUGGGUACCAGGAUUUUUAAGUGACGUUGUCGGAAGAUUUAAUAUUGCCAUUGUUACAUUGACAUCCUUAUCCUUGAUAAUGUUCAUUGGUUGGUUACCAUUUGGUACUAACUUAAGGAACAUGUAUGCAAUAAGUGUACUAUAUGGGUUCUUCUCAGGUUCCAUCUUUUCUUUACUACCAGUCUGUUGUGGUCAAAUUUCUAAAACUGAAGAAUUUGGUAGACGUUACUCUACAAUGUAUUUCGUCGUUUCAUUUGUGACAUUGGCAGGUAUUCCAAUUACUGGUGCUAUUAUUGGCAACAAGUCCGUAACCAAUUACCAACAUUACGUUAUAUUUUCUGCAGCUACUUGUCUAGCUAGUGCAAUUUGCUAUGUUAUCUCAAGAGCUUACUGUGUCGGAUUUAAACUGGUGAAAUUCUAA